GGUAAUUGAAUUUAAUCUCUCUGGUUAUUUGUGGUAGUAGAGUGAAGAAGGUCUGUUUCGAACGAUGAAUCCCUUGAGAACGAUUUGCCUUAUGAUGGGCGUCCUUGCUUUGGCUUGCGCCGGUAGCAGUGGUCCACGUCCCAUGGGCAUGCACUACAGUCGCAACUCCAUCAAGAACAGCAUGAAGCCAACCAACUGGAUGUCUAUGUCGGUUUUGCAAUCCUUGCCUUCAUUGAAGGAUAUUAAGCUGAGGGAUUUGGAGAGCAUGUCCACUGUUGAAGGUGCCGAGCUGAUGCAUCGUUUGUAUCACUUGGCCCAAGCCAGCCAAGCUUUGGAACCCAGCUUUGCUCCCAAGCCCAGCGAAAUUCCUGCCUUCCUCAUCACACCCGACAACCAGAAGAUCGAUUUCAAAUUGAGCGAAUUGCCCACCAUUGCCAAGCAAUAUCCUCACUUUGGCGAACAAGAGGUGACCGCCUUCAUCACCGGUCUCCCCUCCAAAUUCGAGUGCGUCAAGGAUGCCACCCGCAAAAUUGUUCAAGCCUACCAACAACGCUAUAACCGUGACUCCGAGAGUUCCGUCCACAGCUAUGCUGCCUAUGACAAUGAGAAACGUCAACGCAACAACGAAGAAGACAAGUACUCUGCCUCCGCCUCUUCCUAUGCCAAGAACUACUCCAACAAACCCACCGGCUGCUUGAUUGUCAUCAACUUCGGUGAUACCAUCUCCGACUUUGAGCAAUACGUCACUUUGGAUUCCGAGAAAGUUGGCAAGGAUAUUGGACACAUUUUGGCCAAGGUUUUGGAGGAGAACGGUGAUAUGCAAGACAACUUCCAUUUGAUUGGUUCGAAUGCUGGUGCCAACAUUGCCGGUGCCGCUGGCCGUCAAUACACCCAUGAGACUAGCCACCAAUUGCGUCGCAUCACCGGUUUGGACCCCGUCAAGACUUUUGCCAAGAACCCCGAAGAAUUGACCGGCUUGGCCCGUGGUGAUGCCGAAUUCGUUGACAUCAUCCACACCACCGCCAACAGCAUGGGCACUGCUACCCGUUCCGGCAAUGUUGACUUCUUCCCCAAUGGUCCCAAUGAGGCUGUUGAAGGUGCCGACAACAUCAUCGAUUCCUCCAUGCUCGCUGUUCGCUACUUUGCCGAGUCCGUUGUGCCCGGCAAUGAACGUAACUUCCCCGCUGUUGGUGCCGAGUCCAUCGAAGAAUACAAGAGCCAAAGCGGCAAUGGCAGACAUCUCUAUAUGGGCAUCAACACCCCCUUCGAUGCUGAGGGCGACUACAUGUUGCAGGUCAACACCAAGAGUCCCUAUGGUCGCAGCACCCCUGCCCCCAAGCAAAAGAACCAACGUCACCACAACAGCUUCAUCAGCCACAAAUCCUGGAAAAUGACUUCCCAAGAUUACGAAUAGACGCUGCUGAUGAUUUCUAUUUAGACCGAGAUCAAUAAUUUGCUUCGAUUCGGUUCGUUUCGUAUCGAUUCGAAAAGAACAUCUACUAAUUUGUUUUGUAGCUUUGUUAUUUUUAAUUUAUUUAAAUUAUAAUUUUUUGUAUAAUUUUUUUCUCUAUAGCUUUUCAAUGCAAUAAAAAUAAAAAAAGAUACAAAACCAAAA